AUGGAGCAGCACAAGGAGCGCGUAGCUGCCAUCGCUGCCCGCGUUCGCCAUUUUCACGACCGCAAGGAGCCCUUUCGAAUGUAUCACGGCUCGACCAACAGCACGCGGCAACUGACCCGGCGUCGUGACAACACAAUCGAUACAAGCGGGUUGACGCACGUGCUCGAGGUCAGCAGAAGUACAAUGAGUGCUCUCGUAGAGCCAAACGUCCCCAUGGAUGCGCUCUGCGAGGCGACACUGAAGCACAAUCUGGUCGCUCCCAUCAUCAUGGAAUUCCCUGGCAUCACUGUCGGGGGCGGCUUCUCAGGCUCGUCAGGGGAGAGCAGUUCGUUUAAGUACGGGCUCUUUGACUGUACAGUCCGGUCUAUCGAGAUUGUGCUCGGCAACGGUGACAUCGUCACCGCCUCCGAGACCGAGAAUCAGGACCUCUUCCGCGGCGCAGCAGGUUCAUGCGGCACCCUCGGCGUCGUAACGCUCCUGGAGCUCCAGCUCGUGGGGGCCGCGGAGUAUGUUGAACUCACAUACCACCCGUUCGUGAGCAUGCCCCAAGCCAUCAAAGACAUCGAAGCCGCGACACACAACCGCAGCAUCGACUACGUGGACGGCAUAGUCUUCGCCCCCGACCGGGCCUGCAUCAUGACAGGCCGACGCGUCUCCUCCCCACCCUCCGGCGCGCGAAUCCAGCGAUUCACACGCCCCUACGAUCCCUGGUUUUACAUCCACUGCGAGCGCCUGCUGAAAAACAAAACCACGCCCAUAGCCGAAGCAAUACCGCUAGUGGACUACCUCUUCCGCUACGACCGCGGCACCUUCUGGGGCGGCAUGCACGCCUUCCACUACUUCAUGGCCCCCUUCAACCGCGUGACUCGCUUCCUGCUCGACCACUUCAUGCACACGCGCGUCAUGUACCACGCCUUCCACGCCUCGGGGCUGGCUGCGCAGACAAUCGUGCAGGAUCUCGCGCUGCCCUUCGCGACGGCCGAGGCGUUCAUCAAGCACAUCGACGCGACGCUAGGUUUCUAUCCGCUGUGGCUGUGUCCCGUGCGCGCCAAACCGCGGGGGCAGAGUUUUGCUGUCGGCAGAAAUCUGCCGGACGCGGGCAUGAUGCUGAAUAUCGGCGUCUGGGGCAUGGGGCCUGCGAACCACGAGGAGUUUGUGAAGAAGAAUCGGGAGUUGGAGAGGAAGGUGAGGGAAUUGAGGGGCAUCAAGUGUUUGUAUGCGCAUACGUAUUACACGGAAGAUGAGUUCUGGGAAAUCUAUGACAGGAAGUGGUACGAGGAGUUGAGGGUGAGGUAUCAGGCUACGCUGCUGCCGAGCGUGUAUGAGAAGGUGAGGGUGCCGGUGCGGGAGAAGACGAGGGAGGAUGUGAACGUGGGCCUUGGGGCGUGGCUUUUGUUGCUGUUUUGGAGCACUUGGCCUUUCAGUGGGUUGUAUGGUGUGUGGAAGGCUAUCGCUGGGGGCGAUUAUCUGCUUGCGAAAGAGAAGGAAGAGUGA